AUGAGAUCUACAGAAGGACCUGAUGAUAUGGUAUUGCUGGAAGUUUUGACUGCUAGUGUAAGAUUUGCUCAUUUUAAGAAUACGACAGCUGGUGACGGUAAUCCGGUGCGGCAUUCGUUGAUUAGUUUAGUGCCGGAAGAGGAUGUGCCGUUAUUGCUGGAAGCGAUGGCCGAGAAGUUGAAUUUCGAAUUCGAAGAUGUGACUUCGACGCCAUCCAGUUCGAAUGAAGGAAUAAUUCACGAUACGAAUGAGCGUCAACAACGCCGUAAAAUUCGUAACGUCACAAGGAUCGAAUUUAAAACUACACCACCAGCAGUUUUCACUUAUCCGGACGAAUCGACGGCUUCGGAGUCUGCCGAGUGGUAUCCCGGAGAGAAUAUCACUUUCGAUCAGUAUCAAAAAAUUUGCGAAACUGAAAAAGAGCUAAGCGAGCAAAAAAGAGCUGAAUUGAGCAAAUGGCAGACGUACAUGGACCACGGAACCGUUGAUUUAAAUUCCCUAGUGAGUGCUAAUCCAGCCAGUCCAACGGCAACCGAUUAUGAACUGGGCGUAACGAGUCGGAUCUCCUACGACUCCCCACCAGUGGUUAUGGUCACCAACAACUUCACCCCGAAUAAUUUGUCACCACUUAUCGCUGGUAAAUGA